AUGUCUUUGGAAGCGAAUAAAUCAAUGCCACUUGAUGAUUUACCGAAGCUUCCAAGCGAAAUAGCCGAGGAAAUGGUGAAGUGUCAUGAUCUGAAACAUGUUGAAACUAUUGAAAAGAAUAUUCUUCCAUCGAAACUUGGUUAUUAUUAUUAUUCUUUUUUUUUCUUAAUAAGGCUAAUAUUUAUUGCAGAUGUCUACAACGAAAAAGUUGACGGUAAAUUGAAGGAAGAAAUUAAGGGUCACGAUGUCUCGAAAUUACACCACACAGAUACUGUUGAAAAGAAUGUUUUGCCUUCACCGAAUGAUAUCGCUCGUGAAAAAGUACCCCAUGAAAUAUCAAAAUUUGACUCGGACAAAUUAAAUCAUGUUGAGACAACAGUAAAAACAGCUUUACCAUCAGCCGAUGUAAAACUUUCAGAAUUUACUCGAGAACAGACGAAGAGUCUCGCUGCAAAUUUUGAUCAUUCGAAUUUGAAGCAUGUUGAGACAAAUGUGAAACAGAAUGUCGAAGGUUUUUCGUUAUUUCGCUAUCUUAAUUUGAAUCAAAUCAGAUUUUUUUAUUCAUAUUAUUCAUCAAAAGAUGAAACGAUAUAA